CACUCUGCUGCACAGCCAUCACGAUGCAACGUCUUCUUGUUCUCGCCUGCCUGGUGGCCGUGGUCGUCGCCGACAGCUACAAGACGCCCAUCCCGAUCCUCAAGGACGACCGCACACAGAACGCCUACGGCGAGUACACCUUCGACUUCGAGACUGGAAACGGCAUCGCCAGGAACGAGGCCGGAAAACAGGCUGAUGGCCAGGAGUCCUCGGGAGGAUGGAGCUACACCGCUCCCGAAGGCGUGCCCAUCAAGCUCAGCUUCACCUCCGGUGUGGGCGGCUACCAGCCCGUGGGCGACCACCUCCCCGUGGCACCCACGCCAGUGCCUCUUCCCUACGAACGUCAGGACUACUAAACCGUUGUCCUUUCUUAUCACAUCAGUCAUAUCAGAAAUUGGAACAACUAUUUCUCUUCGUGAUAUUUGUGUUAAGAGCCUUGUAUCUAUUGUCUCCGCUAUUUAUGGAACGAAAUCCGUUCACAUCCAAUCCUCUACAAUAAAGCCAUGACGGAAGUA